CUUCGUUUAACCGACGCUUGGCUGCGAGCUCGUUUCCCUAGUGUCGUAGCGCAUCAUGGUUCUUGCCCAAAAAAAGGACUGGGCGAGCAUUGAGCAGGAGUUGGCAGCAAAAGAAGCUGAACUCUUGCAGAAGGAGGGCAGCGUGCUCAAAGAAGAGCAUCUUAAUGGCUACAGGUAUGUGCCAACCGUCAAGGUCGUGGACAAAGCUUCCUGGGACACCUUUGCAGUUCCACAUGUGAAACCGAGCUGCACGUCAGAGAACUGGCACCACAAAGAUUUACUCUUCGAGAUCGGAGAGGGAAUAGCGUAUCUCACGCUAAACAGGCCAGAUGUAAACAACGUGCUCAGCGAAUCCAUGGCCCAAGCUUUACAAGAUGCCACGUGUGAGCUUCAUGUACGCCGUGACAUCCGUAUUGUUGUUCUGCGAGCAGAGGGCAGCAUGUUUUGUGCUGGUGGCGACCCGAAGCAUUUCUUUGAUGCUCUGGCCAUGUCAGAGAGAGAGGACCGCAAGGCUGCGAUUGGCUUCAUGAAGUUCCUUUUCUGGUUCCAGAGCCUCCCACAAUUUACUGUUGGAUUGGCACAGGGCUCUGCGAUGGGUACUGGAAUCGCCUUGCUUUGUGUGUGUGAUAUGGUUCUUGCUGCAAGCAAUGCGCGCUUCACUUGCUCGGAGGUGAAAUUGGGAUUUUGCCCGGCUGCAAUUGCACCAUCACUGACUCGAAAGGUGGGGCCUGCUUUUGCCAAGCGGCUUUUGUGCAUGGCUGAAAACAUUUCCGCAGAGCAAGCAAAACGAAUGGGGCUCGUCUCUGAUGUAGUGGAAGAGGAGAGUGAGUUUUCGGACUACAUGAAGGAGAUUUGUGAGAAGGUGACGCUUUGUGCCCCCAUCGCAGCUGGCCGUGCCAAACGCCUGGCCCAGAACGUCAGCAAUCAGCCCUUGACACGAAAGUUGUUGGAGUACACAGGUGGCGAACUUGCAGACAUCCGAAUAGGAGAAGAGGCCAUCAAAGGCAUGGUUGCAGUUCAGGCGCGGGUGAAACCAUACUGGGCAGAAACUCCGAUUAAGCCUCUGUACUGAAGCGAUCUGAAGCGUGAAUGCAAUCUCGGACGAACACAAAGCUGUUUCAACUGCGCAAUAUGGGAGUGACUCUUAAAAGGAUAUGAA